AUGGCGUACGGCUGCCCUUUCGCCGUGGCAAGUAACACCGCGCCCCGCGGAGCAGCCGGCUGCCCCGUUUUCCUGCUUGUGGGCGCCGCAAUUUGUACCGCGUUCACCGGGCUGCAGGAGGUGGUGCCGGCGGGGUGGCUGCAGCAGCUUCUGGUUCUCCGCUUCUUCUCCGCGGCGCGCGUGGGCGACCGGCCGUGGCGGGACGUCGUCGCACUUACCGUCGCCGCCGUCGCAACACAGGUACUAGCAGCAGCAACUCCGCCAAAUAACACCCUCGUUCUGCACGUCCUCUGCUCGUCCCCAUCUGCACGUCCACCGUCUGCACGCCCACUUCUGCACGUCCACGUCUGCACGUCAUCAUCUGCACGUCCACAUCUGCUCGUCCACAUCUGCACGUCCACGUCUGCACGUCCACAUCUGCACGUCCACGUCUGCACGUCCACGUCUGCACGUCCACAUCUGCACCCCCACAUCUGCACGUCCACAUCUGCUCGUCCACAUCUGCACAUCCACGUCUGCGCGCCCCGCACACAGGCAUGCGGCAUGACAGUGGCGUAUGCGGGCAUGUACGCGGUGGAACCCACAGCUCACACGCUCGCCUCCAUGCUGCUCGUGGCCUGCGACGUGCUGCCCAUGACCACCGUGCUGCUGCUGCCCUGCCUCGCUGACUCGCUCUUCCGCUUCACCUACAGGCGCUCACCACACCUGCAUCCGCUCGUCUUCCCCCUCGUUUCCACCUCCAUCUGGACCCUCCUCUCGCUGCUCUCCCCCAUAGGCGCCACAGCCCACCCGCUCUACUCCGUCCGCUCCAUCCUCCCUCUCGUGCAAGCCACUGCGUGGGUGGGCAUGGAUGGGGUGCUGCUGCUACUGGCGUGGCUGGUGGGGGGGAUUCACCAGGUCAUGUGGGAGGAGGAUGCGGUGGGGAGGGGUGUGGAGGGAUGGAGGAGCUGUGGCGGUGGGAGGGUGGUUGGGAAGGAGACAGAAGGGAGAGGGGGAGGGGUUGUGCGGUGCCGGGGGGAUGGGGGGGGAGAAAGGGAGGGGGAGGGGGGCUACAGUCAAUUGUGUGGUGAGGGCUGUAAUGGUGGUAGUGCAGUGCGGGAUGGCGGAGGAGCAGGAGGAGAAAGAGAAGGAAGCGGAAGAGGGGGAGGGAGGGGAGGAAGGGACGAGGGAGAAGGAGCAGGUGGCGAAAGCAGGGGGAGGGGAGCCGGCAGCGGGCGGGGGCAUGUGCAAGUCAGCGCGGCACUGCUGGUUGUGCUGAUGGCAGCUGGUUCCGCAAGGGAGGCAGUGUUUUCAUCCAGCUUCUUCCAAAAUCCACUCGCUGAAACCCUCGUUCCCUCCGUUUCUGUAUCCUGCAUUCUCUCACAAGCCUGCACCAACACCAUGCCUCCCCAGCCUCCCUCCUCGCUCGCUCAAUCUACUCAACGUGCUGCUUCUGCUGAAGCAGCAGGAGCUAGGCAGCUGCUGCAAGGAGAAGAGGGGGAGAUAGGGGGGGAGCUGGGGAAAGUGGGGGAGGGAGAUGCGGAAGGGGAAGUAUCCGCAGCAGAAGGAGCCAGAGCAGAAGGAGAUGCAGAAACAGAAGCAGCAAAAUCAGCAGCAGCAGUAGCAGCAGGCGCAGCAGCUAGAGAGGCGUGGGAGAAGUGGCAGGCAUGGCGGAUGGCAGGCAUAUCACGGAUGGUGCAGCAGACGCAGCAGAGGGCGAGAGCAGGCGAGGUGCUGAUCCUGUGGUCAGAGGCGGCAGUCAUCCUUCUGAAUGACCAUGAGGAGGCCAAGCUCCUGGCUGACCUCGCUGCCAUCGCCACCGCUGCAAGCGCUAACCGCACUGCUGCUGCGGCGGCCUCUUCAAGGCCUGCUGCCAAUGCAGACCUGUCGGUUCUUGGCCCGUACAUUGGCGCGUCUUAUAUGAAGCUCAUUUCCCCGGAGCAAUUCACCAACUCGUUCGCCCUCAUCGGCCCCACCGGCGCCCCCAUGCUGCGCUACAACAAGUCGCACCCCGUGCCCUCCGUGGAAGGCGAUGUGCUGCCGGGCGAUGGCACUCUCCCCGUGGUGGACACGCCUCUGGGGAGGCUGUCUGUCGCCAUCUGCUUCGACCUGCAGUUCCCUGCUCUCAUCAGCCAGGCGGGCAGGCAAGGAGUGGACAUUCUGCUGCAGCCCAGCUGGACGUGGGGCGCCAUAGGCCACGUGACAUUCGAGACGGAUGCAGUGAGGGCAGCAGAGAACGGGCUCACACUGCUGCGCUGCUCCUCCAUUGGGGUCUCGGGUGUCGUCUCCCCGUACUACCGCACCCUUGCUGCACAGGAAGUUCUAGACACUGGGGUACUCACGAUGCAUUCCUCGCCAUUGCCCCUCCCUUCCUCUCCCUCCCCUUCUGCCGCUGUCUUCCCAACUCCGUCUGCUCGCUGCUGCCUCACCCUCUGUGUUUGGUUGGAUAGUGGGAGGAGAGGCAUGGAUAGGGAGUAA